GAGAGAGCACAUGAGCGAUGCCCCCCCCCCCGCCCCAAUCCCCAGAGUGCAGCAGCAGAAAGCCCUCACUCUGUUUAUUCACUGACAAACUCUCCAGCCAUGCACUGCUACCAGCCUCUUUGGGGUUUUUUAUCUUUGUGUGGGUGAGAUGUUGCCAAAUCUGAUUAUUUUGAUGUGUUUUCUGGCUCUUCGCUGUGCAGCUGAUUUGUGCAACUGGACUGGAAGCGGUUUUGCAGCUGGCGUGGAUUCCAGGAUUGUACUCCAGGUGCGGUUACGCUGUACAAAGGGCUCGGUGAGGUGGGUCUACCCGGGUCAGGCCCUCAGAGUGGUCCUCGAGCCCAAUCUGUCCUCCGCCCGGCACACCUCCAUCUGCAUCAAACCGUCUCCCUCCUUCAGCGGAGCCAGCAUGUUCAUUGAGCGUGCCGGGCAGCUGGAGCUGCUGGUGACGGACAGCGGGCGGCCGGAGUAUCAGGUGUUCUGCUUCCCGGCAGACGGACCUCACAAGCCCGUAAUCUACCUCCAGGCCAGCCCUCAGAGUGAUGGACCGCGGAACAGACGCACGGUGGGCUUCAAAUACGAGCUGCUCACCAACAGGACUGCUGCUGCGCCAAACCUCGGCCCCAGCGGGCUGGAGACAUCCUGUCGACCGUGCAAUGACACAGAACUUCUCAUGGCUAUCUGCAGCAGCGACUUUGUUGUUCGAGGCUAUAUCAAAAAGGUCACCCAUGACUCUCGACGUCAAAUGUCCUCAGUGGAGGUGUCAGCGCUGAGGGUGUACUGGCAGCGCAGUGGAGUGUUUGAGCAACAGCUGGAUCCACUGGUGUCAUGUCAGUCCUGGCGUGGACACAUCCACACACUCCUGCAGUGCCACGUCAAGCCCGGAGAUGGAGAGUUUCUUUUCACUGGGUCAGAACACUUUGGGGAAGCUUGGUUAGGGUGUGCCCCGCGAUACAAAGACUUCCUGUCUGUCUACCACAAUGCCCGAACGGCACGCCAGAAUUCCUGUGACUUUCCUUUAGACUGAGGAGGUGUGUGUGUGCGCGUCAUCUUAGCAAUACUGAGCUGAGAAGUCUAACCACCUCUGCACUGGUGCACUUCAGAUCCUUGCUGUCACGUUUCACCAAGGUGGCACCAGCAGGGAAAAGCCGCUGAAAUGCUGGUGAUAAAAACUAAUUUGGAGGAGGAGAACAGAGUUAACCAGCAGGGCCUCCUGCACUGCAGCUCAGAGAGGGCCGGCCUUUGUCUCUCUUCCAUCACUGCCCUCAGUCCUGGGAGAAUAAGGAGGGGUUGGGUUGCUGCUCUCUUUUUGUGCCUCUCCCUGCAUUAACUGUUGUUCAUUUUGCUGCCUCUCUGUGACAAUUGCCCUAUGAACUGAGGCAGGAGGGUGGAUUGAAGCACAGCCAUUUAUUAUUGCCAGUUUGUUUUACUGAAUAGGAGUGUACAUAUAUACGACGUUUUAUUGUGAAAUCAUCUGUUUUGUGUUUACUCCUGUCUGUUGGAUCCUGCACGAUGCAUUUUUUUCUUUCUGAUUCAGGAUUGCAGUGCAGCAAUCUUUUUUCUUGCAGCUGGAAAUGUUUGCAGUAGAUAUUUUACUUUAUUUCCUUUCUCUUUUUUUCGGUUGGAGAGUGGAUGAAAUCUAGAAACAACUGAGACUCCGGAUUGCUGAGCUUUAAAUAAAUCAAAUAUGUCUACACGUCUCCGUCGCUCCGAUGUACUCAUUUCG